CUCUCCUUCCUCUCCCCCCUGCCAGGGAGAGAGGAAGACAGAGGCACGAAGUGGCACGGAGUAGACGCUUGUGAUCCAUUCGACCUGUUGCUGCUGCUGUCGCCGCCCCCGACGAAUCAAGAAGGAUGGAGAAGAAGCCCACCAUCCUCAUGAACCGGUACGAGCUCGGCCGCAUGCUCGGGCAGGGCACCUUCGCCAAGGUGUACCAUGCCCGGAACCUUGUGUCCAACCAGAGCGUGGCCAUUAAGGUCAUUGACAAGGAGAAGGUGCUGCGAGUUGGCAUGAUCGACCAGAUCAAGCGGGAGAUCUCCGUCAUGCGCCUUGUUCGCCACCCCAACAUCGUCCAGCUGCACGAGGUCAUGGCCAGCAAGAGCAAGAUAUAUUUCGCAAUGGAGUAUGUCCGGGGCGGCGAGCUCUUCGCCCGGGUUGCCAGGGGCCGGCUGAAGGAGGAUGCCGCGAGGAAGUACUUUCAUCAGUUGAUUGGGGCUGUGGAUUUCUGCCACAGCCGGGGCGUCUACCACCGGGACCUGAAGCCAGAGAACCUCCUCGUGGAUGAGAACGGUAACCUCAAGGUGUCAGACUUUGGCCUGAGUGCCCUCAAGGAGUGCGAGAAGCAGGAUGGGUUGUUGCACACGACAUGCGGCACACCUGCAUAUGUUGCACCUGAGAUAAUCAACAAGAAGGGCUACGACGGAGCAAAGGCGGACAUAUGGUCUUGCGGUGUCAUACUGUUUGUUCUUCUUGCUGGCUAUCUCCCAUUCCAGGACUCAAAUCUAAUGGAGAUGUACCGCAAGAUUAGCAGAGCUGAUGUCAAGUACCCCCAGUGGUUCUCUUCUGAUCUCCGGAGGUUCAUGUCCAGGCUCCUUGAUCCAAAUCCAAACACCAGGAUCACCAUCGAGAAGCUGGUUGAACACCCGUGGUUCAAGAAGGGGUACAAACCAGCAGUGAUGCUGGCACAGUCACACGGUUCAAACAGCCUCAAGGAUGUUCAAGUUGCUUUCAGCACCGACCACAAGGACAAUGAGGCCAACAAGGUGGAACGACCAGACAGCUCUUUGAAGCCAACAAGUUUGAAUGCAUUUGACAUCAUCUCUCAGUCCAAAGGAUUUGAUCUGUCAGGCCUGUUCGGGAACGACCAAGAGCAGAAGGCGAAUUCACGGUUCAUGACCCAAAAGCCAGCAUCAGCAAUAGUGUCAAAACUAGAGCAGAUUGCUGAGACAGAGCGCUUCAUGGUGAAGAAACAGGAUGGACUGGUGAAGCUGCAGGGGUCCAAAGAAGGGAGGAAAGGGCAGCUCGCAAUCGACGCGGAGAUCUUCGAGGUGACACCAGCCUUUUAUGUCGUCGAGGUGAAGAAGUCAGCAGGGGACACAUUGGAGUAUGAAAAGUUCUGCAACAAGGACCUAAGACCUUCACUCAGAGACAUCUGCUGGAGCAGUCAAUCAGAGGAAAAGCUUCCUUCACUGGCUGAGUCGUCACAUUAAAGCCAUCCUCUUAGUCGGUCGCAAGAUAUGUCCUUAGCGCAAUCUCUUCAGAGAUGCAACUACAAUCAGCCUUCCUUUCUCUUUUUUCCCCUUUCUCAAAGGGCUGAGGCCUUGCUCCCUUGAGCAUCAGGCCGUAGGGCUCUUUGUGAUCCUUUUUGCCAGUUUUCUUCUUGUAGUAGCAAUUGUUGAACAUGGAACUCCUGUUCCUUUCACCAAUAGAAGCAUGACGAACAGCACUGUCAA